CUCUGGAGCUUCAUAUGGCGCAGGGCGCGCUAAGCCUCUUAGGCAUCACCCGCAGCAGAUGCAGGGAGAAUGCCAAUCAGCGGCUCCUGCUGAGCGCACACCCCGGCGGCUGUGCCAGUGUGCUCCUCAGAGCUGCGCCACCACGCUUCUCAUGGACCGAGUGAUGUUUGUGGCGCUGGAGAUGGUUUUUAUUUUGCGGUAAACAACCUGCGAGUGGGACAGAAACACGUGAUCAGUGGAUGGAGCUCGCCGGGAGUCUCCUGCGGCUCUGAGGCGUCACACGACCUGAGACAGAUCCUCUCCAGCUCAGGGAGAGUGAGCCAUGCUGCCGCAGGAUGUCGGGAGGCCGCAGAAGCCGCGCCGCGUGUCCGAGCCGGUGUGCGGGGGAGACGGUCCUCCGGUCCCGCCUCGGCGCUUCAAGAACCGCGACUUCCCGCUGUGCGCGCGGCGCCGGCGCUCCGGCUCCGCACCUGAGCGCAAGGUGAACUGCGUGCUGGUCGGGGACGGAGCCGUGGGCAAGACCAGCCUCAUCGUGAGCUACACCACCAACGGAUACCCGACAGACUAUGUUCCCACCGCGUUUGACAACUUCACAGUGAUGGUCGUGGUCGACGAGAAACCAGUGAGGCUGCAGCUCUGUGACAUGGCCGGACAGAAAUGGGGGCUGGUCGAAGGAUCAAUCAAUGACGAGCUGGAGCGUCUCCGGCCUCUUUGCUACAGGAACGCAGACGUCUUCCUGCUCUGCUACAGCGUGGUGCGGCCCUGCUCCUUCCGCAACCUGAUGGACAGAUGGGUCCCUGAGAUCCGUCAGCACUGUCCCGGCGCCCCCCUGGUCCUGGUCGGAACCCAGCUGGACCUGAAGGAGGACGUCCAGGUGCUGAUCCAGUUGGCACAGAACCAGCAGCGGCCGGUGGACACCGAGGAGGGCCAGCGGCUCGCCCAGGAGCUCGGGGCCGUGAGCUUUGCCGAGUGCUCGGCGCUGACCCAGAAGAACCUGAAGGAUGCGUUUGAUUCGGCCAUCUUGGCCAGUAUCCAGCAGUCGGACAGUAGCAGCGUCCAGCAGCAGAGGACGACUCUGAGAAGGAAGACACCAGACAAGAUCAAGAGUGUGUCAGAGACCUGGUGGAGGAAGAUGAACUGUCUGAUGGGAGAGCAGAGCUGUGACUUCCAGUGAACAAGUCCCACCCCAGGGUCAGGGGAUGCUUGUUUCAACCUGCUGGGUGUCAGGGUGGGUGGGGUUUAAAUGCAAAGGUUCCACUGAGGAGAAACUAGCUGCAUCCAGGGACACGAGACACUGAGGGACAGGAUGUCUCCUCCUCUGCUGCGUCGAGGAUUUCCCUCUUUUCGUCCCAUCUUUACUUAAACGUCUGCUGCUCUGUGGCCUCCAGCAGAGACGUGUGGUCACUGAUCCACUAGAAACCCAGUCAGGACAGUGAGAUGUUCAACCAGACACCAGUCAAACCAGUGCUUCCAUAGAGCAGAAAGUUAAUACACUCUACAUUUACCUUUUAAAAUGUUCUGAGAAUAGAAAAGAACAAAUUUAAAUGUGGCCUCUUUGUGGUGAAUUAUGCCAAUUAGACAAACCAGAGCUUUAAAAGUGCAGAGUAUAAAUAUGCUUCUGUAUGUGUGGGUUCCUGUGGGCAGAAUUAUAUUUGAUAUAAUAUUCAUAUAGGAGGAUCCUUAUUUGUGCUAAUCUUUCUUCAAACUUACCUGAUUCCUUCUGAACUCAGCCUGGUGCUGUUAACCCCGCCCGUCUGAGGCACACAGCCGGUUAAAACAAACACCACAAACGUUCCCGGACCCAGGUUGGAUCGAUGCAGCGACUCGGACUCGGAUCAAACCAUUUUUUGACUCGUAUUUAUUUUGUUUUUCACUUGUUUUAAACCCCCAAUGCGACCAGUACUUUGUAGAGUAUUUAUCUAUUUAUUGAAUAUUAUUAUUAUUAUCCUUGCCAUCACUGAUCAUGGGAGAAUGUUCAGAAGCCUUGAUUAAAGUUUAUA